AUGGCGGCGGGCGGGGGCCGGCGGGAGCGGGGCUCGGCCGUGCUGGAGCUGCCCCGCACGCCGCGGCUGGUGUGCGUGGAGUACCCGGGGCUGGUGCGGGACGUGGGGGCCGUGCUGCAGACGCUGGGAGGAGAGCAGGGGGUGUCGCGGAUCUAUGCAGACCCUGCCAAAAGGCUGGAGCUGUAUUUUCGCCCCAAGGACCCUUACUGCCAUCCUGUCUGUGCCAAUCGCUUCCCCACCUCCACCAUGCUGCUCAAGGUGAGGAGGAGGACAAAGAAGAAGCAGCAGCAGCAGCAGCAGGGCACUGAAGAACAAAUCCAGCCACAAGUUGAGUUUGAAAUGGAAAUUCUUGGGAUUGUCACUACUGUUUACAAAUUUCAAGGAAUGUCUGAUUUCCAGUACCUGGCGAUGCACUCUGGUCCUGAUGGCAAACAAACCUCCAUGUAUGACAAAGUCCUAAUGCUCAAACCAGAGAAGGAAGAGUUCUUCAACAGAGAACUACCUCUCUACAUCCCCCCACCCAUAUUCUCACGUCUGGACACUCCUGUUGACUAUUUCUAUCGGCCAGAUAUCCAACACAGGGAGGGCUACCACAACCCCCAGGUGUCUGGGGAGAACCUGAUCGGGCUGAGCAGGGCCCGGCGCCCACACAACGCUAUCUUUGUGAACUUUGAUGAUGAAGAAAUCCCAGCUAAACCCCUGGAUGCUGCUGUGCAGACCUGGAAGAAGGUCUGCACCAACCCUGUGGAUAAAAAGGUGGAGGAAGAGCUGAGAAAGCUCUUUGAAGUCCGUCCUGUCUGGUCUAGGAAUGCAGUGAAAGCCAAUAUCAGUGUCCACCCAGACAAGCUGAAGCUUCUGCUGCCGUAUUUGGCCUUUUACAUGUUAACAGGUCCCUGGAGAAGCCUGUGGGUUAGGUUUGGCUAUGACCCCAGGAAACACCCUGAAGCAAAGAUUUACCAAGUUCUGGACUUCAGAAUUCGCUGUGGAAUGAAAUAUGGUUAUGCCCCUAACGAUAUGCCUGUGAAAGCAAAGCGCAGCACCUACAACUACAGCCUGCCCAUCACUGUCAAGAAGCAAGUGAGCCACACAGUCAGCGUGCACGACCUGAAGCAGGGGCUGGGCAUGGCUGCCGCAGCCGGGGCAAAGAAGGCUGCCUCCAGCAGGUACAAACUGAAGGAAUCCAUCUACAUUUUCCGGGAAGGAGCCUUGCCCCCUUACCGCCAGAUGUUCUACCAGCUGUGUGACCUCAGCGUGGACAGCCUACAGAAGAUCAUCCACCGGAAUGACGGCGCCGAGGCGGAGUGCACGGAGCGGGACGGCUGGUGCCUGCCCAAGACCAGCGACGAGCUGCGGGACACCAUGUCCCUGAUGAUAAAGCAGAUCAUCAGAUCCACCAGGCCUGCUCUUUUCUCAAAUCCAACAAGCAGUGAAGAUGGCAAAGAGCAGCUGGCAUACGAAUCUGGAGAUGAUGAGGAUGAUGAAGAGGAGGAGGAGGAGGAAGAGGACUUCAAGCCUUCUGAUGGGAGUGAAAAUGAAAUGGAGACAGAGAUUCUGGACUACGUGUGAACCCUGUGAGCAGCCUGGCUGCUGCUGAACAGAUUCAUCCCUGCUCUUGUUCCCUGAGAGCUGAGGGUUCAGGUGCCCAGGGUGUGGGAAAGCAGACCCCACACUAAGAUGACAACAAUCUCUCUGCACUGCUGCCAGGCAUCAGUCCUGAUGGUAAGGAGCCACUGCCUACAUCACUGCUGGCUAAAAGCCCUCCAGCAACCUCAACCAGCUCCCAGGAUCAUGCCCAGAAUCCAAACCAACUGCUGAUCAUUGAAUCAACCAGGUUGGAAGAGUCCUCCAAGCUCAUCCAGUCCAACCUAGCACCCAGCCCUGGCCAAUCAACCAGACCAUGACACUAAGUGCCCCAGCCAGGCUUUGCUUGAACAGAAGCACCAGAAAAGAUGAGAAGUUGCCCUGGCAACACACCAGGAAAGAGAAGCUGCCUUCCCAAAUCUCUCCAUGGGUAGGAAACGCAGCUUGGCUGCCCUCAGCUCCCCUCUUUCUCCAGGAACGUGCUAGCAUUUUGGGGAAGGAGGCCAGGACAAGCCCUGCCUUGGGGCAGGGGCAUUUGAGCAUCAGUAUUUUAUUGCAAAGACUACUUACAGUGCUGUGUACAAGUCA